GGCAGGUUUACCAACAAAUUAUUAGCAGUAUUAGCCAGCUGAUAUGGGCAAGCGCGGAAAGAAGCAACAGGCUAAGGAGGUUGUGGCAGAGGAGGAUGCUCCUCAAGCUCUUCCAGUUCAGCGUAGUCCCCAAGAGGACACCAGCGCUGAGGUGUUCUUGUGGCUGCUUGCCUACAGUGUUCUUAUGUUCACGCUGCCCUUCUUGGGCUUCUAUGGCGUGCGAAGCUGGCUGCUGGAAUCUUUUCCAGACCUGGACAGGUUUACGGUCAAUUGCUGGUCAGUUCUGACGGCUGUUGUUAUUGUAAACUUGGUGGUAGCAAUGUAUGUGCUUAAGGCUUUUCGCGAAAAGGCCCCACCACCAUUGGAGCCAGUGGAAGAAGCCGAAGACGAGCUGGAAUCAUCAGAACCCAAAAAGUAUCAAUAAUUAUAUCAUUUGGAACUCUGCGUAGUGACUUCACUCACUUGAAGGAGUGGCAGACUGUUAAUCCGUAAAAAGACAUCCAAGUCGUAGAGCUUACUGAAUAAAUCAUUCUGGACACAAUUCUAAA